AAGGUCGAUUUCCUUCCCUUCUAAAUUCCGCCCCUUUGCUCUGUUUCUUCGUCCCGUCUCCAGCGCCUGCGAGUCCGCGCCCUGCGUGGUCUGCCGGCGCGAACAGUCGACGAAGUGGGGCUACGCUUCGCUAGCCACACGGUGAUCGUCGUCCUUCUACGAGCUUCUGUCACGCACAACCGCGCUAUCGUCUGGUGCCGCCGUCUUUCCCUGGAUUAAGAUGGUAAAGUUGACAAUGAUAGCACGUGUUACUGAUGGCCUACCUUUAGCAGAAGGAUUGGAUGAUGGUCGUGACCAGAAAGAUGCUGAUUUUUACAAGCAGCAAGCAAAGCUUUUAUUUAAGAAUCUCUCAAAAGGGCAUUACGAGGCUUCUAGAAUGUCAAUUGAGACUGGCUCAUACUUCUUCCACUACAUUAUUGAGGGCCGUGUUUGUUACCUAACAAUGUGCGAUCGUUCCUACCCCAAGAAGCUUGCUUACCAAUACUUGGAAGACCUUAAGAAUGAGUUUGAAAGAGUCAAUGGAAAUCAAAUUGAAACAGCUGCAAGACCUUAUGCUUUUAUCAAAUUUGAUACUUUCAUACAGAAGACUAAGAAACUUUAUUUAGAUACUCGUACCCAGCGAAAUAUUGCUAAGCUGAAUGAUGAACUGUAUGAAGUCCACCAGAUAAUGACUCGCAACGUGCAGGAGGUUCUUGGUGUUGGUGAAAAGUUAGACCAGGUCAGUGAAUUAUCCAACCGGUUGACAUCUGAGUCCCGAGUCUAUGCUGAUAAGGCAAAGGAUCUAAAUCGACAGGCUUUGAUUAGAAAAUGGGCUCCGGUCGCCAUUGUGCUUGGAGUCGUCAUGCUCCUCUUCUGGAUUAGAAAGAAGAUUUGGUGAAAUCUGAUAAUAGAUUCUCUCUUAUUGUCUCUGCAUUAUGGGCCAAUUUCGCUGUGUUGACCAUUUUGAUAGAUGUUCAGAACUUCAGACAGACUGUAAGAUGUAAAAAGGGGUGGAAUUUCUCAGGCCAUUCAAGAAAAAUCAGGUGCACUCAUUUUUACCAGUUGCCAGAAUCUUUAAACUCAACAUUUAUAGAGGUUCAUACUACAACAAUGCUGAAAAUUUUGCGACGAAUCCAAAUGGAAUAUUGGUUCAUUUGUGUUGUUUUCUUUUGGAUAUUGUGCAGCGUCUUAAUCUCCCAUAAACAAUGUAGAGCAAUUUACUAUAAAAACCUUUACAAGUGAUAUUUAUUAAAA